GCCGGGCUAGGGGGGGUGAGAAGGCGCCGCGUGGCCGAGCAUCCCCCAGUGGCUCCCUGCCAGCUCCGGGCAGCAGCGCAGGGGGCUGGUGAGGUGGCUGAGGAAAUGACAGCAACAGCAGGAGGCUGAAGUCAAGCCUGGGACUGCUAAAUCCUUAUGCUGUCUGUAUUCUCCUUGGGACAAAGGCUCUUCCCCCUCCUGCCGGAUGUGAUGCUGUGUCCCUGGUCUCUCUCAGCUGGGGCGCUCACUUUAGGAAGCAUUAUCCUGCUGGAGGAUGGCUAUGGGUGGAGUUGUUCCACUGGACCAGUAAGUGCCCCUUUAAUCAAGUGGUAAUCUCCAUUCAUGGGCCAUGGAUCCAAAGAAUGCUAAGCACAGGAUGAAGCUGCCUUUUACCCCCAGCCAGAAUGAUAAGGUCCCAAGUUUUGAUCCUGUAGUUCAAGAUGAAGAAGGUCUCUAUGGCAUUUUCUGCACGAGGUGCAAUGCAUCUAAUCCUGAAGUAGAGCUUGACUAUGCAUUAAUAGCAGAUGAGUGUCCACCCGCCUCAGAAGAAUUUUUCCCUGAACGGACAAUAAAAAUCAAACCCAUCAGAGUCUUGAAGCAUCGUCCGAGCGCUAUCAUCUUCACUGAGGAUUGCGUCUGGUGCAGAGGGAGCAUUGUUAUUGGGAAUGGACUUCCCAGCAAUGCUAACAUAUUCAUCUUUAAUGGCCCUGCUCAACUGAAAUGCAGACCUGGAGGUGAAUGGGAGAGAAGAGAUGAUCCAUCCUGGCAGGUUGAACACCACAGAUCAGAACUGAAGAGAGACCAAUGCAUUCUGCCCUGUGAGAGCAAUGGAGCCAGAAAGUGCAUAUGUUCUCGUAACCACCCAGACCCCGAUGAAGUGGAGACAGGGCCCUGCUGUGUGUUGUUCCACUUUGUGAGGAAGAGGCAUGUUCUGCUCCAGCAUGGCCCUGUGCUGAUCUGGUUGAAAGCAGAGAUUGCGUGCAAGCGAGAGUGAUCCCUGAGCCCCUGCUACACCUGCUGCAGUCCUGUAAGAACUGAGUCACUGUAACUUAAAGGCGGCUUGUGUAAAGGUUAGCGCAGGAAGGUUUGGGGACAUUGUCUCCAUGCUGGGGGAGGCUGGGGUCUGAUUACCCAUACAUUAGAUGAAUAUUUUUGCUGCUGUGCUCCACUGAUAGGGAGCUGCAUUUGUGGCAUGAUGGGCAAGCGAAAGGUCUAUCCGAGGUUCUCGUUGGCUCAGAUGCCAUUCUUGUGGGUUGUCUGCUGGUUGGACGUGCACCAAGUGCUGGCUGGACAUGCUGUG